AAAAUACAAAGAAUAAAAAACACUAGUCUCUCUCUCACUCUCACUGCCUUUACGUUACAGGGGAGGGGAAAGGGACACGAGGGGUUUUGGGUUCAAUUGAAUUUUGAUUCGAUUCGAUUUGAGGCAUGGCGGAGAGUGACGGUGGCGCUUCGCUACCGUCGGUGGGUAGCGACGCCGUGAAGCGGAGUGUGACCUAUUUCUACGAACCCCAAAUCGGCGACUACUACUACGGCCAAGGCCACCCAAUGAAACCGCACAGAAUCCGCAUGGCGCACGAGCUCAUCAUCAACUACUCCCUCUUCCGCCGCAUGCAGAUCAACCGUCCAUACCCCGCCGCCGUCGAGGACAUCUGCCGCUUUCACUCCGACGACUACGUCGACUUCCUCGCCUCCGUCUCGCCGGAAAUCCUCUCCGAGCCCACCCACUCUCACUACCGCCAGCUCAAGCGCUACAACGUCGGUGAGGACUGUCCUGUUUUCGACGGACUCUUCGAUUUCUGCCAGGCUUCCGCCGGUGGAUCCAUCGGCGCCGCCGUCACGCUCAACCACUCCCUCGCCGACAUCGCGAUCAACUGGGCCGGUGGCUUGCACCAUGCGAAGAAGGCUGAGGCCUCUGGGUUUUGCUACGUCAAUGACAUCGUCCUGGGAAUUCUCGAGCUUCUCAAGGUUCACAGGCGUGUGCUGUAUGUUGAUAUUGAUGUUCACCAUGGAGAUGGCGUUGAGGAGGCAUUCUACACUACUGAUAGAGUGAUGACAGUGUCAUUUCACAAGUUCGGGAAUUUUUUCCCAGGAACUGGGCACAUCAAGGACACUGGGCUGGGUCCUGGAAAAAACUAUGCUAUAAACGUCCCGCUAGAUGAUGGAAUGGAUGAUGUGAAUUUCCGUGAUCUGUUCCGCCCCAUCAUUCGAAAAGUCAUGGAGGUUUACCAACCUGAUGCUGUUGUUCUUCAAUGUGGAGCUGAUUCAUUGUCCGGCGACAGGUUGGGCUGCUUCAACUUGUCUGUGAAGGGUCAUGCAGAUUGCCUUCGCUUCCUUAGAUCUUACAAUGUCCCUCUAAUGCUCUUGGGUGGGGGAGGAUACACGGUCCGGAGCGUUGCUCGAUGCUGGUGUUAUGAGACUGCGGUGGCAGUAGGAGUGGAGCUGAGUAAUAAGUUGCCAUUCAAUCAAUAUUAUGAAUUUUUUGGCCCUGAGUAUACACUUCAUGUCAGCCCUAGAAGCAUGGCGAACCUAAACACACCCCAGGAUUUGGAACUGAUUAGGAAUCUGUUGCUUGAGCAAAUUUCCAGACUCCCCCAUGCUCCCAGCAUACCUUUUCAGACAACACCGUCAACCAUAGAAGUUCCAGAAGAGGAAGAGGAGGACAUGGAUACAAGACCAAAACGUCGCAUAUGGAGCAGUGGAGAAGUUGAUUCUGACUAUGAAGAUGAGGCACCUAGUCCACCGAACUCACAUUCAACAUCCAAUAUAAGCAGGCAUCUGGCAGAUGAGAUGGAAGAUGAUGACUCGGAUGCGACUCCAUCACCUUAAUACUUCAUAGAAGAUAGCAAGUUUAGAUUAACAUGUUUUCGUCAGUGGGAAGCUCUUUGCUGUUUGGACCAAUCAUACAUACAUAUUUUCGACCUAUAUGUGUACAUUUUUAGGUUUAAAAGUAUAGUAUGAAGCAGUGUUGCCUGAGUAUGGGGCCAUUGUGGUGGUGGGUUUUCACCUUUCAGAACAUCAAUCUGAAAAUGUCAUAGCCUUGCAUGUUUUGCUCUGGUGGAGCAUAGGAUUUGCAUCUAUGGCUUCCAACCUAAGUGAACUUGGUGGAGGCAGAUGAGAAUUUCCAGAUCCACCUUCACUUUGUAGGUUCCAAAUUUUGGAGGUUAUUUGCUGUUUCUACCGUGUAAAAUGGCACAUACCUAAAAAAGAAAUAUUACAAACUCAUAGUAGUCUGACAUUUAAUAUUACAAACAUGGAUAAAUAUAUUCCUUUCAUUUGAUAUUAAAUAA